UAGCCCCCGGCUGCUCCUCCUCCCGACGGGUCUCGGCGGCCUCCGACCGAUGCUGCCGGAGCCGCCCGGUGUCUCGGCGGCGGCGUCGUGAGCGCUCCCGUCUCGCGGCCGCCAUGUCCGGCGUGGUGCGCACCCUCAGCCGCUGCCUGCUGCCGGCCGAGGCCACGGGCCGAGAGCAGCCGAGGAGGGAGGGGAAGGAGCGGAGCCGCGAUGCGGAGAGGGAGGCGAGGCGGAGGAGUCGAGAGAUCGACGCGAUGCUGGCCAGGGAACGCAGGGCCGUGAGGAGACUGGUUAAAAUCCUACUGCUGGGUGCCGGGGAGAGCGGCAAGUCCACUUUCCUUAAGCAGAUGCGGAUCAUUCACGGCCGAGAGUUCGACCAGAAGGCGCUGUUGGAGUUCCGGGCCACCAUCUACGAGAACAUCCUCAAGGGCUCCAGGGUUCUGGUUGAUGCACGGGACAAACUGGGAAUCCCUUGGCAGUACACGGAGAAUGAGAAGCAUGGAAUGUUUUUGAUGGCUUUUGAAAACAAAGCUGGAAUGCCCAUCGAGCCUGCCACAUUCCAGCUGUACGUACCUGCACUGUGUGCCCUGUGGAGGGACUCAGGAAUCAAGGAAGCCUUCAGCCGUCGGAGCGAGUAUCAGCUGGGUGAAUCAGUGAAAUAUUUCCUGGAUAACCUGGAUCGGAUCGGUCAGCUGAAUUAUUUCCCCAGCAAGCAAGAUAUUUUGUUGGCUAGAAAAGCUACCAAGGGAAUAGUAGAGCAUGAUUUCAUCAUUAAAAAAAUACCUUUCAAGAUGGUGGAUGUAGGCGGACAGCGAUCUCAGCGUCAAAAGUGGUUCCAGUGCUUUGAUGGAAUAACUUCAAUUUUGUUCAUGGUCUCCUCCAGUGAAUACGACCAGGUUCUCAUGGAAGACAGACGCACAAACAGACUCGUGGAGUCAAUGAAUAUCUUUGAGACAAUAGUCAAUAACAAGCUUUUCUUUAAUGUUUCUAUUAUCCUGUUCCUCAACAAGAUGGAUCUUCUUGUAGAAAAGGUAAAGACUGUCAGCAUUAAGAAGUAUUUCUCGGACUUCAAGGGUGAUCCUCACAGGCUAGAUGAUGUUCAACAUUAUCUGGUGCAGUGCUUUGACAGAAAGAGGAGAAACCGCAGUAAGCCGCUCUUCCAUCACUUCACCACUGCCAUAGACACUGAAAACAUCCGUUUUGUGUUUCAUGCUGUGAAGGACACCAUCCUUCAAGAGAAUCUGAAGGAUAUUAUGUUGCAGUGAAGGAGAGAAGUCCAUGUCCUGUUAAAAUUUGCUGGAGGGUUAGAUCAGAAUUUUUAUCCUUUCUUUAUGGCCCUUGCAUGUGGUGUAGGACCCAUGCUACUUACUUGGCUCAGGAAUGCUGUAAACUAGCCAGUCAAAACAGAGGAGCUAUAGGCCGAAGGAGUCAAAUGUUGAUGUUAGCUACUGAAUCAUUUGGACUAGAAACACUACUGAAACAUGGCUGUUGUAGGUUCUGUACCUAGUUUGGAAUGCUGAAUAACACAACCACCUUCUGCCUUCUUAGAAAACAAACAAAAAAAAAAUCUCUGACAAACCAUGUAUGGAAGACACUUUGUUUUAAAUGGAAAUACUUAUUUUUCAGAGACACUAGUCAUACAGUCUGCCUUUUUUUGUAGUUUGGAGGUGCUGAAGUGAUCAAACUAACCUAAAUGUAAUGAGAUUGGUAGCUGUAUUGGAGAAUGUUAAUGGAACUUCCAUUCUUAACACUAGGAGUGUAACCAGGUCUGGUGUGCAGUUUAGUUUUGCCGCAGAACUGGAAUCUACUAAUUAAGGUGGAUGCACAGCUCUUGUCUGAAGGUUUUGCAUGAGUCUCCUGAAGCUUAAGUUUAAAACUGUUCAAGGAAACCCAUGUGGGAGUAAAUUGGAUGGAAAGUUAAGGCCUUGCCUAAGAAGGGCUUAUUUUGCACUACGUGUAAAAGGUAUUAUUGCAUCGUGGGGAAUCUGAUUUCCUUGGUGGAGCAGCCUGUGCUAGAGCACCUGACCCUGUACGCGCACAGCGGGUGCUUGAGUGAGAUGUACUUCAUGGAAAUCCAGCACUGUCCUCACACCUGCAGUCUGGCAGUCAUUGUGAAGGUUCAGGAUCAUGUGGCAGGGCUUCAUCUACAUUUGAAAGUUUGAAAGCUGAUUAAACUCUUAUGCAAAGGUUUUGGUAGUACAGCAACUGAUUAUAUGCCGUCAGCUGACUGUAUAGGAAGACCGAACACCCUAGAGAUCCCAGUUUUACAGCUGCACUGAUAUGUUUGGACAGCAAGACUUUGCUGUCGAAUUAGCCCUUAAUCUGUGUCUUAAUGGGAUCUUUAGCCAGUAGUAACACACGUGUAAUUCUGAGUACAGUCAAGGUUGGAGUUGCCCAUUUUGGGCAAUGGUUUGUGUAUAUUCAAGAGGCUAUGGAAAAUGUUGAUAUGAACUGUUAAUUUCUUAGCUCUCAGUCUGUGUAACUAUCAGGUGCCUUUUCUGUGUACAGACAUAUCAGAUCUUUUCUAUUACCGUGGGGUAUGUGAACAACCUUACGACCUGCCUUUUUAUCUGAGCACUGUAGUGCUGUUCUUUAGGUAACUUUCAAACAUAGUUUACUGUGCAAUUUUUUUGUCAUAGCUUUUAUCUGAGAAUAAAACCUGAAGGGCUGUUUGUACCCAUACAAAGGCAGUGGAUUCCCUGGAGUUCUUUUCCCCACUGAGACUGCAAUGGCAUGUCAAAACAAGCAACGUUUCACUUCAGCUGGUGAUCCCAUGGGAAAUGCGGUCUAAAACACAUGAAAGGACAACAGAACAGGAUUUUAAUUUGGAUCAAAUCUGGAAUCUUUCUUCCCCUCUGAAGCCUGCAGAUGUUCAUAUCAGUGUGUUUGUGUGGUUUCCUACUGUAGCAAUCUCUGGGUUUUUCUUUGUGCAGCUUCAGAGUGGAAGAGACAUGGCUGUGUCGGUGUUACAUAACGUGGGACUGAGGUAAGAAGCAGUGAAAAGUUGCAGGCAGGAAAAUCCAAAUUAAAUCUCAGCAAACUUAAGCAGGAAUUAGCUUUCUUGUAACAAGUCUUAUUUUUGCCAGGACCAAGUCUGUCUCAUAUAUGUUUAUCCAUUUGUAGCCUUGAGGGGGAAAAACGUCACAUGACAAAUAUACAGAUGAAAUAAACUCUUAAGGUUAUUGCAUUUGAAAAGGUAAACAUUGCAACCCAGGGCAGUGCAAGUAAGUUUACUCAUUGUCUGAGGUUCAUUUCUCUAAGCCAGUCCAUUUGUUAGCUGAAAAGUGAGAUUGUUCCAAUGCUUCCAGGCUUUUCUUGGAGUUUUUGAUAGUAGCUUCCACUUCACUCAAGGCACUGGAAAGGAGGAGGCAGUUGUGGGCUGACCAGCUUCUAGUUUGACUUGAUUUUAUUUCCUAGUUUGCUGUGACUUUACUCUUUCACUGCAUUUUCUAAUGGACUAAUAUUGUGCUUGUUUGCAAACUAGUUAAGCCUUUCAACUAUAUUUUCCUCAAUAAUUACCUCAGCUUAAAGUCUUAAUCUACUGUAGCUUUACCUGGGAGGUGUAGCAUGGAAUUUUCUGUUCUGUUUUUCCUCUUCAUGUUCAUUUAUGGCUUUAAAACUCUAAGCAGAGCUAAUAACACAACAUAUAUUUUAAUUAAUUUGAUCUGCACCUGGAAAGGAAACAGCUUGAGUUAUCUCAUAAUGAGCUCUCAAUCUUGCCAGUGUUUCGUUGGGGUUGUUUUUUCUUUUUGAGUGAUGUAGCAGUUUUGCACAACAAGUCCGAGAUUUUGAGACACAGAUUGUUCACCUCGUGCCCAUCGUUGCCUUUCCUCUGACUGCUGAUAAAAUGAGCCUAAGGAUGACGCUCUGGGCUGCAGAAGAAGAUGAGUCAUUUGGCUCUGUAGGCUGUUUUCUGUGUAACUUUGAUAGCAUUGGUUCACACCGGGAUCCCCAAGGUCAGGAAGCUGCUGAUGCAGAAGUGAAGCAAUUCUCAAACCUGCUGAGGAUUUGGACUGUGAUUGAAAAGGGUUGUUUUUCAGGUGGCAGGUAAAUGUCUUUCUCUGCUGAACUCCACUUCUUGCACAACUGAGGUAUUUUGUUUGUUGGUGUUUGUUUUUUUUUUUUCCCAAACAAAGUUGUAGUAUAGAUAAGCCAAAAAAAAAAAAAUCACAUUAUGGUAUUUCAGUUAGUUAUUAAUGCAGAACUUGGGUGACUUAGGUUGUACAAGCAUCUCAGGACAGGCUUAAUGAGUUGCUUGGUCCUUUUGCAAGAUAGCAAAAAUGAAGUGAACGCUGCAGGUAAACACAGCUGGAGGGAACAUCUCUUCUGUUGUUAACUUUAUGAGGUUAUUGUUCAUUUGCUAGUCAGGAAAUAGGUCACAGGCAGGACUGUAAUCAGAUGGGGACUUUGAACAACAACUUACAGGGGGGAAAAAAAAAACAGUAUUUUGCUGUUGCUUCUCUGAUACUGCAGGUCUGUGACCAGUGGUGGGAUGAUGCAAAUGGAUCUUCUCUUGCAACAACAAAGAGAGGAAGCACUUGCUUAUGCAUGCAGGAGAAACCUCUAUAAUCUUGCAGUUUUAGGUAGAAAAAUGUACAAAAUGGGAGUCUUUCAAACACUGCUUUGUAUUUGAUUUUGAGCUAAUGUAGUGCUUCAGUCAGUAUAAUUCCUUCAAUUGUAGUGCUGUCACUUUCUGAACAGUUCUUAGAUGGCAAUACCAGACAGCAUAGUAAAUUGAAAUUAAAAAGGAGGAGUAGGAAUGACAUAUUUGAUAGGCAGUUAUCACUUCAAAGCAGUUAAAUAUUUCCUAAUCUUGGUUCUGAAGCUGAAAUCACUGGCCACAACUUCACGCUACAACUCAAAGAUCUUUCAGUUUUAUAUGAAGAAUCUAUCUUGUUCUGUUCAAUGCAGCAGCGCGGAAUAUUUGAUGUGUUAAUAGUUGAGAACUGGAUGUGUUGCUGAGUCAGACCCAGAGCUAAUCACGGUACAAGCAUAAAGGAGUUCCUAAGGGUGUUCACUUGUAUAUGACUUCUGAGCUGACUGAAGCCAGAACCUCAGCCAAGCAGAGUGGAGGAAUGUGAGCCAAUUCAGAAUGAAGCAAAGACACACCUGUAGUGAAUUGGUGUGGGAAGAGCUCAUCUGUAUGUGGCACCACAGGCUCGAAUGUAAUCCCACCAGGGUAGCUGGAAUAGGCUCAGUUAUGGAAAACUGUCCAUUUGAAAUGCUCCCCGUCCCAAGGUGUUCAGUACUGCUGAUAGUGCCACCUGUGAAGAGUUACCCAAUUAAAGAAAUUAAAGGAAUAGUCAAGUGGCAGACGGCUCUUCUACACAGAAUGUCGUUUUAGCAAGCACACCCUUUGCCUUCUUUAGACAGGUUUCUGGAUAUUAAUUUCAUGUUUUGCAGCCUUUUCUCUGUUUGUACCUUCUCUCUUUUCCUGAAAAACCUGCUUUGCUGUACUGAACUAUGGGAAUUUUGUAAGAGAUCCCUCUGUUUUCAAGUAGUGAGUUUGAACACCCGACUUAGCUUUGCAUGUGCUAUCAAACACUUUCGGGGUUGAUAGACAGCUUGAUCCAUACCAGCUUGAGACAAAAAUAAGACACACAGCUUGAAAUGUAAGCCAAACACCGACUUCCCAUCAUUAGACCUAUAGUGGCUCCUACAGGUUCAGUAGAAGCCUCUUUUCUAGGUAAUUUUUCUAGUAUAAUGGCUCACAGUGUAGUCAGGGGGUUUUAAUACAGCACUGCCAACUCUUUACCUCAGUACACUCUCCGUUAAUUCUGUAACACAGGAAGCAGUGAGUAGGGUGUUUCAGCAGCAUCCUUAAAACAUUAUCUGUGCCUACUUUACUAAAUGAUGCACAUGGGGCAUCAGUUCUGGGACAGAAAUCUCAGGCUGGUGUUGUCUGGGCCACACUUGGGCUGAGUUAGUCCCAACUCUGUGCAUUACUAGGUGAGCACUGUCUAGCCUACUGAGGAAGUAAUUGGCAAAUCCUUGUGCUUUUUACUAUGACUUAUUUUGUAAUUAGCUGGAGUGAUCUCUGCUUUGUGCUGUGAAACGGACACUUCUUUGCUUUGACACUAAUUUAUUUACAUGGAUGGAAAUGAGUAAACCCAAGCUGAAAUUGCUGUCCUCCUAACCAGGUGAUGCUCUUUGCUUGUCUUGGUUCUUUACAUUUUAGUCUUUCUAAAUGCAUUUGGAAAGCAGUGUUGAAGUGUCUGUGUUGACGCUUGUCUUCUUGUUGGGUGGGGAGCGUGUUGGUACUAGAUUGUCAGUGCUAGUGCUUCUGUGUCUGGCUUGCCAAACUGAAUGACAGCCUAGCUCUUGGCUUAUGUCCGAAGGUCAUAUCGUGCAUCUGACAUGAAAAUGAUCGUGGUCAGAGAGAAAAAGAGCAGCACUGGCUUCCAAGGUAGGCAGUGGGGUAAAAAGCCAAAGUACGUUGGAAGGAAGCAGGAGGGGGGAGCUAUUUCCUACACAGAUCCCAAAAGUUGAUGGUGCUCGAAGACUGAGUGUACUGAAAAGAAAUGCCAUCUGCAUCGACCUUAAAAGCUUUGAGUGACUCCAGAGAGCUAUUGGCUGUGAAUUAAGGGCAGCAGGCUGGCGAGGCUGGCCCUGCUGCUGCUGCAAACCCCUCUGUUGUAAAUCUCUUUGUUCCAAACUGGGUACUAAAACUCAAAUCAUGAUAAAACACGAUCUGCAGAUCUCCAGGCAGAAAGUGCAUCUCACUCUUUUCUAACAGCUUCUUAACCUUUCUUCAAGAUACUGGAGCAGGAGAAGAAUUUCAGGGCAGUGGCUGGAUAUGAUCCUGUUUCCAUUGUUGGAGUAAAAUCUACAGUUGAUGGAAAGCCAAAUUUUUGUAUGAGGAGGACCUGAGGAAGGAAGGGAUUCUUAGGAGGGAAGGAACAGAUUUUUGAGCAGUACGGCUUCUCUGCUCGUGCUCCUUGGCAGCCUUUGGUGCAGGUGGGCAGACAGAGCAGCUGGGGGAAGCCAGCAGGGAGGAGGAGGGGGAUGUGGAAGAAGAAUCUUUUUGGUAGUUCACAAGAUUUGGAAAUGCUCAAUGGAUUGAGGAUGGAAAACGUGUUCAAACUCCUGCUCACACUGAAGCCAUUAACAGGAUUUAGGAUUCUGGGUGUUUUUCUGGUGUACAGGUUGUGUUAUCCGGGAUUUGAUGUGAGCUUGAAUUGAUGAUAAAUGUUGAGCGGUAUUUUUGGAGAUGCUACUUAACAGAAAUGCUGGUAUUUAUUGCUCUUGUGAUGAGUUGUCUUGUUCAUGGAACCAAUAUGUAUGAAAGCAAACUGACAAGCACCAAGUUAUCUUGUGACACAAUCACAUAGCUAGGAAGCCAAUUAACAUUACCUUUAAUUCUGCCAUUUACUUGCUCUCUGGUGCCUAUGCAUUGUAACACACAUACUAUGCAAUAUCAUUCUUUUUCUAAACCAGUUCACUACAUUGGGCAGGAAAGGGCCUGAGUUUAGCCUUAAUUUUCUAACAAUUCACAGGAAAGUACUUUAGAAACAGUGACAAAAAGAGGUUUAAAAAGUAAACCACGUGAAAUAAAAGCACAGUUCCAGACUGCUCACGUAAGUGUCUUUCUAGCACCAAAACAGCAUCCACAAUAGAGACGGCUACUGGCUGUCAUAGUUUCAACUUAUGAAAACUGUGUACUAGAUAAAAUUAUAUUGUGAUGUGUAAAAAGUGUAUUUUAUAGCUUUUGGUGAGUUAGUUUACUGUUUUGUAUAUAUGAAUUUUAUAAAUCUAUUAAAACUUGACUUGUUAUACUGUU